CAAAGCCCUCCUUCCUCCAGGUGCUUGCGACACAAGGUAUUACAUUCAUGUGAGACAGAAGUUUAUAGAGAGAAAGGCUAAAGUUGAAAAGACAGGAAAAUUGAUGAACUGAGAAGCUUAUGCCCUACCAAACUUCUCACUCUUUUUCUUAUUUUAUUUUUUAGCCAUGCCAUGUGGGAUCUUAGUUCCUGACUGUGGAUCAAACCUGUGCCCUCUGCAGUGGAAGUGCAGAGUUUCAACCACUGGACUGCCAGAGAAGUCUCCCAGACUUACCGCUCUUGAUUGCCAAUAUUUGCACCAGCUUCUAUGGAAAACAGAAGCAUUCUGGUUUUCUUGGCCUAAGGAUAUUCAGCAUUUCCUUCAUGAAAAGAAAUUGGAAGCUCAUAUGUAUCAGCUCCCUAUUUCCGUGGAGGAAGAUAGAUUUCAGACUGAAGGACCAAGGGGACAACUGCCCUAUAGCCCUGCAAGGUCGCAGGACAGGCAAAGGAGGGCAAAUCUCAACAUGGAGAAGGUCUACAGAGAAAAUGAAGGAAAGCCAGAAAAUGAAGGAAACCCAGACAAUGAGGGAAAGUCAAAAGAUGCAGUAGAUACAGAAGAUGAAGGAAAGGCAGAUGAGGAAGAAAAGCAAGAAGUGGAGGGGAAGUCAGAACACGAGCUCCAGAAUGAGGGACGGCCAGAAGAGGAGGGACAGCCAGAAGAUGAGGGGAAGAGAGAAAAGCAGGGCAAGUCUGAAGCUGAGGGAAAACCACACGGUGAAAGCAAGCGGUAACCCCAGGCAAAGCCAGAGAGUCAGCCGCGGGCUGCCGAAAAGUGCCCCGCUGAAGACUAUGUGCCCCGGAAAGCAAAAAGAAAAAUGGACAGGGGGACUGACGAUUCCCCCAAGGACGAUCAGGACAACUUACAGGAAAGGCAUCUGGGCAGUGAGGAGAUGAUGAGAGAAUGUGCAGAUAUGUCAAGGGCUCAGGAAGAGCUAAGGAAACGACAGAAAAUAAGUGACUUUCAUUGGAUGCAAAGAGAUGUACAGGAUCCAUUCACCCCAAGGGGCCAACGGGGUGUCGGGGGAAUGAGGGGUGGAGGUAGGGGCCAGAGGGGCUUACAUGAUAUCCCAUAUCUUUAA